AUGAUGAUGUUUUCAAAUCAACAACCAAUCAUUUCAACAUCAGUUGCUAGUAAUAAUAUUAUAAUUCCAUCUAAAAAUAGUAAUACUAUUAUUAAUAAUAAUAAUAAGAAUAAUAAUCUUAAUCUUAAUCUUAAUAGAUUUAUAUUAAGAGAAUUUAAAAGUGAACAAGAUAUGGAAGCAAUUACAACAAUUCCAAGAUUACCACAAUCUUAUAAUUUCAAUUUGUUGGAGGGGAUGUCUCACCCCAUCGAUUAUUCCAUCCGUCCGUCGUUGACCAAGUUUUCCAAGGUGGUGGUAGCCGAAGACCGAGACCGUCGUCAGACUAUUGGGGCCUACGCCUGCAACAUCAAGGAUGUGAUUAACAACGUACCCAUCACAAAGGCAACAUCAAACUUUGAAAUGUAUCCUCAAUACGAUCAAUGCCAAAUGGCAUGGAAACUUGAUCAUCAAGUUCGUGUCAUUCCAUUGAACUCCAACACUUAUUUGCAAGCACCACGUGUCACCAAGAUCUAUCACAAUCAAGAGAUUAAAGAACGUUGGACCAAUGCAUUCCAACAGUACAACUUUAUUCCCUCUGAUUUUGGACAUAUCCUUCAAGACAAUGAAAAGUAUUUAGAGUCGACCUAUGUAGCCACUGCCACCACUGUAGAUGGAUAUUUAUACGAAGCAUCGAUAUCAGUUUGGAAUCAAGACCUAAUCUUUACACUCAAGAAUCGUUUGCAACAGGUACAAAGACAUCGUCAACUCUUUUGUUGCUAUUCGAUUGGUCAAGACAAGGAGCAGAGUGACACACUCUUUCAAUUCCUUUUACAACAUGUUCAUAAUGAACUCUAUUCUCAAGGCAUCAACUAUGUUUUUGCAGGUUUCUCAAUGACCGAUCCCAUCCGAUGCCAUUUCCCGUUGUUGCCAGGUAUCAAAACAUUGGAAUUCACCUCUAUCGGUCGUUUCUCAACCACCUCGGAGCUCAAUCAAUUCAAAUCUCAAUCUCAAUUACCAAUUUGGAAUGAUCCUCGUGAUUAUGGAAUUUUAAUGUUAUAUCCUGAAACUAAUAUUAACAACAAUAUUUCAAAACUUUAA